AUGGACGGGAUGGACAUUGACAGCGCCCCGAGUGGGACGAAGAGGAAGGCUGUGGACGAAAUUGAGUCUCCGAAGCCGGCGCGAAGAAUCAGGGCCCUUGAUCCCGAUGUUGUCAACAAGAUCGCUGCUGGAGAAAUUAUUGUCGCGCCGGUCCAUGCGCUCAAAGAACUGAUUGAGAAUGCCGUGGAUGCAGGCUCGACGUCACUGGAGAUUCUUGUCAAAGACGGAGGCCUGAAGAUGCUUCAGAUUACGGACAACGGCGGCGGCAUCGAGAAAGAGGACCUCGAAAUCUUAUGCGUGCGGCAUACGACGUCCAAAAUCUCCACCUUUGAAGACUUAUCGUCAAUUGCCACAUAUGGAUUCCGCGGCGAGGCUCUGGCCAGCAUCAGCCACAUUGCACAUCUUACCGUCACGACCAAGACCAAGGAGUCAUCUGUCGCCUGGCGUGCGCAUUACCUGGACGGAAGAUUGGCUCCUGCGAAACCAGGGCAGUCCGCGGAACCCAAGGCCGUUGCCGGCCGCCAGGGUACUCAGAUCACAGUGGAGGACCUUUUCUUCAAUGUGCCAACUCGUCGAAGAGCGUUUCGAUCCUACGCUGAUGAGUUCAACAAGAUCAUCGACAUGGCGGGGCGUUAUGCAAUUCACUGCAGAGGGGUUGGCUUCACUUGCAAGAAGGCCGGUGAGGCCACCAAUACGCUUUCCAUACAAGCGCAAGCAAGCGUGAUAGACCGCAUUCGACAGAUUCAUGGUAGCAAUGUUGCCAAUGAGCUAAUAGAGAUCUCGGCCUCUGAUGACCGAUGGGGGUUUUCUGCUAAUGGGUAUGUCACGAAUGCCAACUACCACAUCAAGAAGACAACGCUGCUCUUAUUCAUCAACCACCGCUGUGUUGAGUCGACGUCCAUGAAGAAGGCUCUUGAACAGACAUACUCCAGCUUCUUGCCCAAGGGUGGCCACCCGUUCAUAUAUCUCAGUCUCGAGAUUGACCCAGCUCGAGUGGACGUCAAUGUUCACCCUACCAAACGGGAAGUUCACUUCCUCAACGAGGAGGAGAUCCUGCAAGCUAUUUGCAAGAGCAUCGAGGCAGAGCUUGCGAAAGUGGAUGCGAGUCGAACAUUCAUGACGCAGACGCUAUUGCCGGGAGCCAAGCCAGUCGAGCCUGAUGAGGAUGAUAGCGACGCACCCUACAAAUUCACCACGCCGGCUCUCAGAAAGGUGAGGCGGAAUUCGAAUGACCUCGUCCGGACCGACACGUCUCAGGGCAAAAUCACUGCCAUGUUCGCGCCGGCCGGAUCCUCCAAACAAGUAGGCUCUCCUGCUCGGGCCGUGGAAGACGAAGCAUGGGCUGUUCCAGAGCCGGUAGAAUACACUACCGUGGACCGCGACCAGGUUCAAUGCCGCCUCAGUAGCAUCAAGCAGCUACGCCAGGAGGUGCGAGAUGAGAUACACCACGAGCUGACGGAAAUCAUCGCCUCGCAUACCUUUGUAGGCGUCGUCGACGAGGAGCGGCGGCUUGCCGCCAUUCAGGGGGGUGUGAAGCUGUAUCUGAUUGACUACGGACACACUUGCUUCGAGUACUUUUACCAGCUGGGGCUGACGGACUUUGGCAACUUUGGGACCAUCAAUUUUAACCCGCCACUGGAUCUCAGGGAAGUGCUCCAGCUGGGUGCUGAAGGUGAAAAGGAGGCUAUGGGCAUUUCCGGCGAGGGAUUUGAUGUCGAUGUUGUUGUCGAAAAGGUGGCGAAUCAACUUAUUGAACGGAGAGAGAUGCUUCUCGAAUACUUUUCGCUCGAGAUCACUCCCACGGGGGAACUGAUAUCGAUUCCGCUCCUCGUCAAAGGAUAUACGCCGUCUAUCGGGAAGCUGCCCCGGUUUCUCAUUCGUCUCGGGCCCCAUGUCGACUGGACUGAUGAGAAAGCGUGCUUUCAAACCUUCCUCACGGAAUUAGCGACAUUCUACGUCCCCGAGCCAUUGCCAACGUCUCCUUCGGGCAAGUCGAAAGAGGAAGAAGGGGAUUCGGAGGACGAGCAGAAAGAGGAGGAGGAUGAGGCCCUUGAAGAGAUAAGAACGAGAAGGCAGCAUGUCAGAUGGGCUGUUGAGCACAUCUUCUUCCCCACGUUCAAGUCGCGGCUGGUUGCUACAAAGAAGCUCAUGGAUGGGGCUGUGUUGGAGGUUGCCAGUUUAAAGGGAUUGUACAAAGUGUUUGAACGGUGUUAA